GGAACCCGGGGGGGGUGAAAGCGGCGCCCCCCAUCAUAUCCGGGGGGCUGAAGGCACCUGGCACCAAGCCCUGCACCGUCAGUGCAGAGCAGUGGCCGGCCUAGAAACAGGGCGGGGGUUCAGAGAAGGUGGCUGGCGAGCUGGCCAGGGUGGGGCUGCUCGUCGCAGACCACGGCAGAGCUGGUUUCUUGGGGAGCUUCUAGUGAGCAGGGCUUGAGAUGCACAUCGGGGUUUAGCGUCCGUCACAGCAGCGUGCCCGGCUGUCAUCCUCCAACACUCCCCGCCCUGGGUGUCCCACCCCUGGCUGUGCUGGCUGGCCAGGGCUGGGGGCUGUUUGCUCUUGCAUUCAAAAGGCAUCCAAUGAAGUGAGCUGUAGCUCACGAAAGCUCAUGCUCAAAUAAAUUGGUUAGUCUCUAUGGUGCCACAAGUCCUCCUUUUCUUUUUGCGAAUACAGACUAACACGGCUGUUACUCUGAAACCAUUCAAAAGGCAGUGGGCGUGUGACUUUCUUCAGGGACAGUGCUGAUGCACAGCUGCCUACCACCUGUAUCCUGCCUGAAAUAAUCCAUGGAGUGGUUUCGCUUCUUAAUUUUGUCAAGCUCCUCUGAGAAGCAAACCAUUGACAUGACUGGUUUUGCUUCUGGCCCGGCUUCUCCUCAGAGCAUGGUUUGCUUCUCUAGGGCGGAAAACAGAUCCGCAGUGCUUUGCGGGGUGUGUGUGUGUGGAGGAGACUUGUGUAUCUUAUCGCCAUGGGGCGGGGGGUGCCAGGUGACACCGGGUCAAGCUGGAGAAGGAGUCACAAAUUAAUCUUUGUGACCAGCGCAUGCCUAAUUCUGGGUUGGAGCAUUUGGGUAGAAAAGCCCAGUAUAGACAGCCAGCCUGUGUCCUUGUGUAAUUCCUGUAGACCUGUGCCGUUGUUCCUCAUAUUACCUGGGGGCAGGCCGUGGCUGAUUAGGAAAUGGGACACUUAAGCCUUGCCUGGAUUAGGGAAAUUUCCCCUGAGUGCUGUGUCCCCUCUGUCAUCCCCGUCCCCCCCCGCUUGGACUUCUGGAGUGUGCAGCGGGGCCGAGAGAAAUAAGAGUUUUGGAAGUUGGGAACUGGUGAGGGCCCUUUAACUUGGACUUGCCCCCUUGAGCUGUGUGUUCAGGGCUUAGAUACCCCAGCAAUAGGUCUGUUAAAGAUACCUUGACUAUGCUGGACAACAUGGAAUGCAGUGUGGUCUAGUGGAUGGAGCACUGGGCCGGGUUUCAAGAGUCCUCAUUUCAGUUUCUUGCUCUGCCCCCAACGUGCUGGGUGAGCUUUGGGCAAGUCACACCCUAGUCCCCUGCCUCAGUUUCCCCAUCUUUACAAUAGAGGUGAUGAUACUGGCUUCCUGUGUAAAGUGCUUUGAGCUGUAUGGAUGAGAAGUGCUAGACACAGAGAACAGAUUCUGGUUUUCUAGCUUCUCUUGAGAUUUAUGGGAGCUGUAGAGGACAUGAUUUCAUUUUUGCUUUUGCGUAGCAGGCACUUGCAGGGUGCUCUCUGGGAUGAUGGACAGGGGCUGGCCCUGCUUUAAUAGAGGACCUGAUGUUCUGAAAUGGCUUUGUCCUGAAUCAGAGCUCUGUAAGCUUGGAAGCUCGUCUCUCUCGCCAGCAGAAGUUGGGCCGAGGAAAGAGAUUCCCUCACCCACCUUGUUGCGCUUGUCCUGGGAAAGGCAUUUACUUUGUUCAUGUUUUACAAAGCACAUGUGUUCCCACGUCUGCUUGGAAGUCAGUUCACUUCACAGUUGCCCUGGAAGGAUGCACUGUAUCCUGAACGGGUUCUUUGCCUCUUCCCGCCGUCCGGUUUAACUGCCUCCCCGAGAUGCCUUGGCUGACUGGUAGGCAGCAGCUCUUGCCUUUUGGAAGCGUGGCUGCAGCUUGAGCUGUGUGGGAGUGUAGCUGACUAAACAGGGGGCUGUCCUGGAGGCUUUUGGUGAUAGAGGCAAAAUCAAAUGUAAGAACCCUCCCAAGUAUUUGCUGCGUGAUGUCACAUCCUUGUAUUCAGAUCCUUUCUGCCAACACAACGCACAGUGAUUUUAGGUUCUUGGAUAUGCCAAGAUUGGGGCUGUCACGCAAGUUGUGUUGAAAACUUGUUCCCUGGCUGCUUUUGUUCCCUGUUCUGCCCAUUGCCUACCCGCUAAGACCUGGCCCCGGGGACUGCCCUGCUCUAGAGCCCUAGAAUGGGACAGGUUCUCCAGUCCAGCCGCCAGGGCCCGGUCUGGCCUGCACUGGUGGUGAUGCCAGAGUGACUCUGGAAACCUUGGGGCCCCUUUGAGAGAUGUUUGUCCGCUGGGAACCUUCCAUUUAAGGGCGGCCAGCUUUGCCCAGGUAAGGCUGGGCUGGCAGCUCACCGGGAGAUCGGACUCUGUGCCUAGCAGGCUUGAAGUGAAGCAGGUGGAUGCCAUCUUGCACUUAAAUACAGAGGUGGGACCUGCAUCCCAGCAUGCCAUGCACCUGUGGGGCCAGGUGGCCUCUGCACAGCUCCAUAGAGGCUCCUUUGGGUUUCAGUGGGAGACUUGAUUCUCUACUUCUGCUGGUCUGCAACCUGACGCUGAGAGCCCUUGCUAGCGGCAGUGAGGGCUGAGGUUCCUCCUCUUGCUCACCCACUGAGGGGCCACUGGCAAAUGCCCCUUCCUGCUUCCAGUGCCCCCAGCUUGCAUUUCUAAUGAGGGCUGGUGUCCUGGGCCCAGAGAGCUCUGGGAAAGUGUCUUUGAAUGGUCCUCUCCAGAGCCUGGGAGCCCAGCUGUAGCCACGUCAAACCCUCGAGCUGCAAUGUUUCCGUCUGCUUUGGUGCCCCAGUCCGAGGAGGGAGAGAAGUUGUAGACGAGGCAACAAAAGCCAGUCAGGUGCUGGGGUUGGAGGAGGGAAAAAGUCAAGGCAGGAAAGGAAGUUAGUAAAAGGAGAGCUGUAACUCCACGAAAAACACUCAGGGUGUGAACUGACCCCGUCUGUGAACAGGAGGAGGUGGGAAGAACUGAAAAGGCACCACAUUUAAAAUGGCUCCAAGGGGAUCUUUUGGGGUACAUGGUCUCAUUAGCCAAUGACUCCCCCAACCUGUAGAACUCAUCGCUGCAGGAUAUUGAGGCAAGCAAGUCAGUAAGUUCUCUGAAGACAGCUCGUCGUUUUUCCCCAACAGCAGCUGCCAGGACACUACCUGUACGAGCAAAGUCUGGGGGCAACCUCUGCACGAGGGCGAAUCUCCCCUCCGAGCCAUAGCACCGCACAGUGAGGUGAUGCGGGAGAAUUGACCCCUUCCUUUGAACCAUCCAGCAUUGGCCAUGCACAUCCAGGGCAAUGGACUAGAUGGACCACUGAUAUAUUCCCAUGUGGCUGUCGACUGCUCAGUCCUGCAGGAGGCGCUCUCCCCUCCCACGGGAGUUUGAUUUUGCUAUCCCUCGUUGGACUCCUGAAAGCAUCUUUUUAAUUGUGACGCAUUUGUAACCGUGCAGUGGCCUGGAUGCUGCAAUAGUGAAGCAUCAGGGUGGGGUUCCUUGCGAACUGGACUGCAAAGGCCGACGCUGUAUGAGCUGCUGACUGGUCUGACUGCAGCGAUUCCGAUUCUUGCAAACUCCUGUUCGACCGCGUGGCUCCUCCCUGGGGUGAGCUGCGCCUGCUUGUUCCAGCUGACUCCAAGCUCUGCAGUAAGGGCUGGGUUCCUGGGCGUCGUCCCAGCUCCUUUGAUCAUCCCUGGGAUCUCCAGACUGAUUCACCAGAGACCGUUCUGAAAUGACAGGUUUCAGAGUAGCAGCCGUGUUAGUCUGUGUUCGCAAAAAGAACAGGAGUACCUGGGCUCUGGAGGGGAAUGCCGUGCUUGGGGUUAAGCUGGGUUUUACACGUUACUUUCCCACUGCGUACUGGAGUAAUACAAGAUAAUAAACCAUGGCAGCAUAAUUCAUACCGAACACUCGUCUUCUGCGUGAGACAGGAGAGUGAUCUCAUUCCUGUACAGGACAUGGAUCUGCAGCUUGUGUCAAGCAAUCCACCAAACACAAGCUACAGAUCACAGCUCUGUCUUUAGUUCACUUUCUAGGGGCCUUUGCUUCAAGAAUAUUGAUGCUUUGGCAUUAGAGAAAUGACCAGUCCCCACAGCAGCAGCUGCUCGGGGAACUUGCAUUGGGCAGCAAAGAAGUUUUUCAUGCUGUCCUGGCGUAGGAGCUGAUCAUGUGACACAGAUUCCAACCCCUUCCCCUGGUAUUUGACUGCAGAACUGAAACUGUCCAUUUAAAAGCCCGAGCCUGGGUUUCUAAGUUCAGCUCCUAAGUAAGAGGUGGAGGUGAGCUGCUGCUGUUCCCAGGGACUCAAGCCGGAGUCGGGGCUGGUUGGGACCUCUGUAAAUGAGGUCACCUUUAUGUAGUAGCAGAACUUCAGGGGCCCAGGUGGAAAGUUAAAUCCCUAGCUGUUCCGGUGGCCAAGAAAACCUGCUGAACGUGCCCCCCAGGGGAUGCUGCCUUCUUGAGUCUAAGCAGCCCUGAGAGGCGAGAAUUGCCCCGUUCAUCUCAGGGGGGCAUGCCUGUUGAGACUGGAGGUCCAGGACUCUGGAGAGCUAUGCAGAUGACUCAAGCAGUGCUUCUCUCUGGAGGAAGAUGAGCUGAGCCUGCACUUGGUUCCCGCCUGCAGCGAUGCUAUCCUGGAGGCCGAAGGGAUCCUGGGAACGAUGCAGAGCUACCUCGAUUCCUCCGUGAUCUCUAUCAUCGAGGACUUCAGCACCCUGACCGAGAGCAAGGCCUGCCUGGAUGCACCGAACGAGCUGUCGCUGCUGACGGCCAUCACCGAGAUCCUGGACAGCACGGACGACGAGACCCUGUCUCCGUUUGACACCACCCUGGACUCGGAAUUGCUGGCACAGCCCCGGGACCGGGAGAGUUCUUCGUUUCAGAAGUUUCUCAGCUUGUCCCGGGCCUCCCCUGAGCGCAGUGUUCCUGCCCUAGAUGAUCCGUGGGGCCUCAGCGGCCCAGCUGCCAUCGGCAAGGUGGGGACGGGCCCUGGGGAUCUGCCCUGGAACGGCCUCGAAGAGCCGGCAGCACCCAAGCAGGGCAGCAGCAGAGCGGCCCGGGCGGAGCGGAAGCUGCCCAGGCCCCAGCCCCUCCCGCAGCGCAGCGACGGGGAGGAGGAGGAGGAGGCUGCUAGCCCUGGGCAGCACGGCAGCGUGGUGGCAGCUGUGGGGCUGCGGGAGAGCCCCCUGGGUUUGUGCGCCGAGGCUGGGGGUGAGGAGGCGGUGUGGCCGGAAGACAGUGACGCUCCCUGCAUCAUCAGCACGGGGGCCGGGUCCCUCAGCGAGCUGGUGAAGUCCAUGCACCCGUACUGCCUGCCCACGCUCACCGUGUGCCUGGACCCUGCCAGCGAGCCGGUGGCGAAGGACUUCUUAACCGGCCCGCUCCUGCUGGAGAUCGUGCCAGGCGAAGGCGAGAGCCUGGAGAUCCCCGUGGUCCUGCAGCAGCUGGGCCCAGAAGCGCAGCUCCCAGCUGAAGGGCAGGGAGCCUGCGGUUGCCCAGCUGGCAAGGGGGAUGGUGCCCUAGAGCUGUCACCUAUGGAUGGUGUGUUGCCAGUGGGAACGCCUGCCCAGGGGUGUGAGACUGGGGGCCAUGGCAGGGCCCCCCAAGCGGAGCCUCCCAGCCUGACCCAGGCGAGAGAGUCCCCCCGGGGGGUUGACCCUGAAGCAAAGGAUGAGGAGAGGCAAAGAGACCAAUAUCUGGAGAGCAGCUCCCGGAGCAGUACGGAGGCGCCAGCGGGCGGGAAGCGCCAGGGCACCGAGAAGGGCCGAGGGCGUGAGAGGGCCAGGAAAAGCCGGAAAAAGAAAAGGGAGGAAUCGCAGAAGGGCCAGGCCAAGCCUGAUGGGGACUGCAUGGUCCGCAGGCUCCUUUCCACAUCCUUGGUGCAGCCGCCAGCCACCCAGCGCUCCCCAAGCUGGGCAGCCCGGCCCUCCAUGCAGGUGUCCACCUUCCUGGAAAGGCAGCUGGAGCAGGCCAAGAAGGAAGGGCAGAUGGAGCUGCGAUCGGCCCGAGGGAGACCGCGGGCAGCGGCAGCAGGGGGCACCCUGCAGAGGAAGGGUCACCCUGAGGUGCAGAAGGAGCUGGAGGCUGAGAAGCCCAACACGCAGCCAGCUGUGCAGAGUGCUGAGACCCCCGGGCCCUCGGAGCAGGCCGUGCCCAGCCCCGGGGAGCAGCCGGCUGCCGUGGGACGCGGCCCAGCGGAGCAGGGAGAGGUAGCUCCUGGGUGCGGUGAGGGGAACCAGCCUGCCCCCACCAAGGGGAGCAUUGGCCCAGAGACCACCCCCCCACACGGUGACCUCAGUGCUGAGGGGGAGGCUCCCCGGAGCCCGCAGGAAGUGGAGCGGGCUGGGGCCGAGGCUGCCGGCUGGCCGUCCAAGCCCAAGGCGCUCAGCCUGACCGAGUACCGGCUGCGGAUGCUGCACCGCCAGCCCAGCGGGGCCGACGGGAAGGAGGGGGAGAAGCAGGCAGCGAGCAAGUGGCCCAGCGUCCCCGAGCCCCCCACGGAGCUGGCCGAGAUCCCGUGCCUAAUGGCACCCGUGCGCCCCCUGCCCUCACAGCCUGCCCAGCCCGUGAAGAUGCCCAGCUCCCAGAGGGGCCCAGAGAAACCUGCCAGCCCCCCAGCCACCCCUCCUCUGCCCAGAAAGGCACCUGCAGAGCCCCCCCAGACCGUGCCGGCUCCAGUGCCCCCGGGGCUGCAGCUGCCUUUCCUCCCGCCGGCCCUGGGAGCUGCUGCUGCAGCAAUCCCCCUGGCCUCCACAGCUCCCUAUGCCCUCUACCCACCGGUGCCUUCCUGGCCUUGCUUUGGCCCCCCACCUGCCGGCUACCCCAGCCUGCCUCCACCACCGGCCGCUGGCGGGUCGCCCAACGCCUUUCACCUGGUGCCUGGCCUGCCCCCGCCAGCCCUGGCCUGGCCCCCCCCUGCCCUGCCACCACCUCCCUUCGGUCCAGGUGCGCCAUGUGCCCCCAUGGGCUGGGCCCUGGGCCUCCAGCCGUCCUACUGGCCCGGGGUCCCCCUGCCACCUGCAGUGCCUCCAAUGGUGUACAGCGAUCCAGGGGCAAAACCCUUCCCAGCUAGCCCUCUCCCCUUCCCAGCUAGCCCUCUCCCCUUCCCAGCUAGCCCAGCCGCCCCGGCACCAAGCUGCCAAGAGCCCUCAGUUUUCACAGCACAGCCAAUGAAGCCAGCGCUAGCCAAGCACGAGGUGCCAGCCCAGCCCCCCCAGCGCGGGGCACAGCCCUCGGCCAGGGCCGCUGGUGGCCGGGCAUCUGACCCCAGGAGGCAGAGCCGGCCUGUGGGCGAGUCAUCUGCCACCCAGCCUGUAGGGCAGCCCCCUGCCCCCCGGCCUGUGGGUGAGUCACCCACUGCCCAGCCCCCUAUUGCCAUGGCCCGGACUGUGGGGGAGUCAACUGCUGCUGGGCCUGUGGGGCAGCACCCUGCCCAGCCCUUGAGGGAGCCCCCAGCCCCCCGGCCUGUGGGCGAGUCGCCCACUGCCCAGCCCGUUAUUGCCACUGCCCAGCCUGUGGGAGAGUCUGUUUCUGCUGCUGCCCCUCGGCCUGUGGGAGAGUCCCCUGCUGCCCAGCCUAUGGGGGAGCCCCCUGCUCACCCCACAAGGGAGACCUCUGCCCCACAGCUUGUGGGAGAGUCACCUGCUGCCCAGCCCAUGGGGCAGCCGCCUGUUGCCACUGCCUGGCCCGUGGGGGAGCCUGUUUCUGCUGCUGCCUCCCAGCCUGUGGAGCAGACUACGAGGGAGCCCACUGCCCCCCAGCCUGUGGGGGAGCCUCCUGAUACCUGCCCCAUGGCAGAGGCUGCAGCUCCAGCAAAGGUCCCACUGGCCAGCCUGCUGGAGGGGGACCGGCCAGACCCCAAGGGAGCUGUCCUGCAGGAGCCCCGGCCACCUGGGCGCACGUCCGUCCGCGGGAAAGCAGGGGCACCGCUGAGAGCGCGAGAGGAGAGCCAGCCCACCAAGCUGGCCCCUGCCCGGCCAUGGAGACACCGGCCCCUCGUCAGCCCAGCCCAGCCUGGCGCCAGCAAGGACAUUGUGCAGGCCUUCAUCAGCGAAAUCGGAAUCGAAGCCUCCGACCUGUCCAGCCUGCUGGAGCAGUUUGAGAAGACCGAAGCCACGAAGGAGGCGCUGCAGGUGCGACGCCCUGGAGACAGGCUGGUGCCGGGGAACGCUUGCAGGUCCGAGAGCCACCCGGACAAGAACCCGCUGGACAGCCUGCAUGCCCCGGAGCUGGCCAACGUCGCUGGCCUCACCCCGCCAGCGACGCCGCCCCACCAGCUCUGGAAGCCCUUGGCUGCUGUCUCGCUGCUGGGGAAGCCCAGGUCCCCCGGGGCCGCCGCCCAGGAGGGCAGCCAGAGAACUGCCAAGUUCAUGGAGGCCAAGCCACUGCCCCAGAGCAAACCUCGGGGGAAGGGCCUGUCCCCCACAACCUGUGGCCCACCCCCCAGCCACGUGGGUUCUGGAGACCAUGACUACUGCGUCCGUGGCCCCGGCCAGCCAGAGGAGGGCGCCAGGCUCCCCAGCGUGCCGGCCCCGUCGGAGCUGGGCUCCCGCUGGAAUGUGAAGCAUCACCAGGAUAUCACCAUCAAGCCGCCCUCCUCCCUCCCCACACGGACGCUGGCCGGGCCCGGGCUCAGCCCCCGGCCUGGUGCCGCCCCUGGCUCCAGCGAGCAGCUGGAUCACCGGACUAGUGCCCGAAGCCAGGCUGCCGCUGGCAGGAGCAGCUCCCCCACCUCGGUCCUGCUGUCUCCGGACGCGUCCCCCUGCCGGGACGAGGAGCCGCAGACUCGGGACCCGCAGCCGAAGCAGCUGGCUACCAAAAGGUCCCUGCACUGCUACCGGAGACGUGGGGCCUCGCCGAGCCCCCGGGCCCGCGCCAGCCGCUCUUUCAGCUCCACGUCCAGCGGGGCCAGCGCCUCCUCCUCUUCCUCCUCCUCCUCCCGGUCUCGAUCCCGGUCGCUGUCCCCCCCACUGAAGCGGUGGCGAAGGUAUCGCUCGAGACGCUCCCGCAGCUCCCACUCUUCCUCCCGCUCGAGCUGCGGGUCCUGUGGCCGGUCCCGGGGAAGGUCCACGUCCUCGUCCUCGUCCUACUCGUCCAGAUCCUCCUCGGCUUCCCGCAGCUACUCCCGCUCCCCAUCCCCCCGCAGGAGGAGUAACCGGAGGAGAAGAUACGAUUACUGUGACCCUCCGGAUCACUGCCAGCACCAGAAAGUCCUCCACAAGGAACGUGCAAUAGGCCGGCUCCUCCCACACCAGGGCCCAGAGCUGAGCCUCCCCAGGCAGAGAAAGGGGACGCCCUGUGAGGAGAGGAGAGUCGUCUUCAUCGGCAAGAUCCCCAGCAGGAUGACGCGGGCAGAGCUCCGGCACCGCUUCUCUGUGUUCGGGGACAUCGAGGAGUGCACCCUCCACUUCCGGGCUGAGGGGGACAACUACGGCUUUGUCACCUACCGCUACGCCAAGGAGGCCUUCGCCGCCAUCGAGAGUGGCCACAAGCUGCGGCGCCCGGACGAGCAGCCCUUCGACCUGUGCUUCGGGGGGCGCCGCCAGUUCUGUAGGAGGAACUACGCGGACCUGGACUCCAGCCGGGAAGACUUCGCCCCCGCCCCCAUCAAGAGCAAGUUCGACUCCCUCGACUUCGACACCUUAUUGAAGCAGGCGCAGCACAACCUGCGGAGGUAGUGCCAGGCCCGUGGCGGCUGCCUCCGGUGCCCGCGGGAGGCGCCAGCUGGCGGCCCGGCCCGGCCUGGCUGCAGCCGAGCCAGGCCGCACCGAGAAAUGCAAAGACAAAAGAAGUGUCAAACCAGAUUUUUUUAAACAAUUUGUUUUUAUAACAAGUAUUUAAGGAAGAUGAAUCCCCUCUGUUAACUGAGGGGCUGGAGGCAAAUGGCUGCCGCAGCCCAGUCACCCCGGUUAAUAAACCCGGGUCCAACCUC